CCUUCUAUCUCUGCAUUGUUUCUGUAUUGUGCUCGAUUCCAUGAUUCAAUCUCAACAACCUUCACAUUACAACGAGCAAUUAGCUAGGGGCACCAAAAUCAAAACAACCAAAGACCCCUAAUUCCCACGUAAUUUAUGAAUUUCAAGACUAAUCGUAAUAAUUAACCCAUGCAUUUAUCGUGAUAAUCAAAAUCCCCAGAAUACCCCUCCGUUUUCCGGUUACUUGGGUUGGGGGAAAAAGGAAAUGCCGACCGUGGCGGUGAAGCUCUACAGCGUCUUCUUCAAGUUCCUAUUGAAGCAGCGUUUGCAGAAUCGGAUCCAAGACUCGCUUCAAGAAUCAGACCCGUUCGGAGUCACGUCCAGGCCCGGCGAAUCCGUCGCAGCCGCAAACCCAUCCUUCUCCGACGGCGUCGCCACCAAAGACAUUCACAUUGACACCUUCACGUCCCUCUCCGUACGAAUAUUCCUACCCGAGUCAGCACUCGCCGAACCCGAACUUGCACGCGGUUCAAAGCCUCACCAUCUCAAAUCCAUAACUGACUCUACAAACAAAUUAGCUCAGGCAGGACCUGGAUUAAUCCGCGCCGAAAAGGCGUCGCUCGCGUCGCGGCGAGCGGGGGCGACGCCGAGGGAGGAGCCUCGACGGAACAGCCUCGGCCCUACCGGAGAGGGAUUGAGCUCCGCAUCCGGUGGCGGAGGGUACCUUGGAUACUCGCCAGCGCCGGGAGGCCGCCGGAGAAAGCUGCCGGUGAUUGUACAGUUUCAUGGAGGAGGUUGGGUGAGCGGGAGCAGUGACUCGGUGGCGAAUGAUUUGUUCUGCCGGCGGAUCGCAAAGCUGUGCGACGCGAUUGUUGUGGCGGUGAGUUACCGGCUGGCGCCGGAGAACCAGUAUCCGGCUGCAUUCGAGGACGGGUUCAAGGUUCUGAAUUGGCUGGCGAAGCAGGCGAAUUUGGCGGAGUGUAGCAGGUCCAUGGAGGUUAGGAAGUUGGAUGCUCACAAGGCUAUUGUUGAUUCGUUUGGAGCUGCGGUUGUGGAGCCAUGGCUCGCUGCUCAUGCAAAUCCAUCGAGGUGUAUUCUUCUAGGUGUGAGUUGUGGUGCAAAUAUUGCCGACUAUGUGGCUCGAAAAGCCGUAGAAGCCGGCAAACUUCUGGACCCUGUCAAGGUGGUAGCACAGGUCCUGAUGUAUCCAUUUUUCAUUGGAAGUGUGCCCACUCAUUCUGAAAUAAAGUUGGCAAAGUCUUACUUUUAUGACAAGGCUAUGUGUAUGUUAGCAUGGAAACUUUUCCUAAACGAGGAAAAAUUUAACCUCGACCAUCCAGAAGCCAAUCCCCUUGCCCCAGGCCGGGGUCCUCCCUUGAAGUUGAUGCCUCCAACAUUGACAGUGGUAGCGGAACUUGACUGGAUGAGGGACCGAGCCAUCGCUUACUCAGAGCAGCUCAGGAAAGUGAAUGUUGAUGCGCCUGUUCUGGAGUAUAAAGAUGCAGUCCAUGAAUUUGCAACGCUUGAUGUACUUAUCAAAACCCCAGAGGCCCAGGCUUGUGCUGAGGACAUCGCCAUCUGGGUCAAGAAAUAUACCUCACUUAGGGGUCACGAAUUCUCGUAUUGAGUAUGAUAUCCCAUAUUAAGAUGCUGAUCAGUGAGAAAAUAUUGACCUUGUUUUCGAAAUUAGCUUUAGAUAUCUCUUGCGCUACCAAAUUAAUUGGGGGUUUGGUGGCAUAUUAAUUUGUUUUAAUGCUUAUGUCCCGCCGUCCUAGGUGUUGACAGGUUCUAUGUUCAAUCCACCUGUUGGUGCUUUUUUAUAAGAUAGAGUUGUCUGAGAGUGGGAUUAGUUGAAUCAGUGAGAUGCAUUUAUCUCAUGCACACAAUAGUUGGAAGCCACCCAGUUCAUUUUUCCCGUGUAUUAUGAUGUACUAUCUUAUGGAAGGGUAUAAAGGGUAUAAAAUUUAGUGCAAUGCUCCUUUAGCAUAAGUAUGACAAUGUAGUCUCCAAUCCAUUUUCUUAUUCUAUCUAAUCUCCUUGUAGUAAUGGUGGGUCAUAGUUAAAUUUUGUACAAGAGCUGUCCUUGUUUCUCGAUAGGAUUUAGAGUUCAGAUUAAAAACGACUUUUUUACCCAUGAGGUACGGUUUAGUGAUGAUCAUAGAUGAAGUAUUGACUUUCUUUAAUAAUAAAAAUAAAGCAUGUUCUUGCAUAGCUUGCUUUGUUGGGCACAAUGUUUUGCCUCCACUACAGACAAUUGUUGAAGUCCUACUGCGACUAUAAAUAUGCUAUGGUCUUAACAUGAUUUCCUUGGGCUAUUAUCACAAAUAUGUUGAGGUAAUUGGCCCCACUGCUUCCACCACUUGGUUUCUGGUGAGAAGAACCAUUGGAAGCUCCAUUAGAGGAUCCUCUCAUAUGGCUUUAAAGCUAUGUUUGGAUAUUGUCUCUAAGAUAGAAAGAUGGAGUUAGUAGAUACCAAAAUUUGUUUGGUUGUAGAGUCAAAGAAAAAUGUCUCUGUCUUUAUUUUUGUCUUCCUAUUUCUGUCUUUCUAUCUAUUUAUUCUGUAUCAAAGGCAGAAUCUGAAUGCGAAUUAAGAGAUAGUCUGGUUAACUUAUAACUAUCUUCAUGCCGAAGCCAAACCAAUUUGGCUUGUUGAUCUCAAAAUAUUGGAAGCAUUUGAGGGAAUGAGGAGCCAGUGUGACUCAGUGAAGUAUGCCCAGUGAUCAAUAUGUUGCUUGCUUUUUUUGGCGUAUUUUGCCUGGGUGGCAUCUCUGCUGAAUGUACUGUAUAACCAUUUGUUAUAUGGACUAGACAUAGAAUUAUAUUUCUUUUUUAAAAAUUGUACUACAACUUUAGUUUCAAGCAAGCUAGAAACUGCAGCCAAGGCUUGGACCCAGUGGCAGAAUCUGCUGCCUCCCAUAUUAGUAGUGGUGUGUAUGUUUGUGUUGUGUAAAAGAACUAAAAAGAAAAAAAGCAAGCUAGAAACUAUUGUAAGAUCACUUUAUUACAUAAUGAAAAAGAAAUAUUUGCAAUCAA